AUGUCGCGUCAGAGCCCAUCUUACGCUGAUUGUGUCUGCUCUCUUCGGACCUCCCUCGCCUUCCUCGAAUCCUCGGUCGCAACCCUCGACAACGGCGUCCAAGACUUCCCCCGCCUGUGCCACGUCCUCAGAACCGUGCGUCACUACGAACUAAUCCCCCAGACAACCCUCGCCGCCGCAGAAGCUUCCCUCCGCGACGAAAUCGGCCCGUUUAUCCAGCUCCUUCUCGACCGUGCCGAGAAGCAUCUAGAUCGCCAGGCAAGGAGGAUAGAAACCCUCAAGGCGCGCGCAGAACUCAACGCAGGGAGACUGUCGCAGUACUCUGGCGACGGACACAACAAUGGGAAAUUCUCUGGUCAGGGGAUGGAUUUCAGGAAGAGUCGUCCGCUGAAUGGGGAGGCGGCUCUGAGGGCCAAAGUUGUAAGGCAGAGGAAGGAGGCGUUAAAGUAUAGUGUUGAGAGGCUGGAGAUGGAGGUGAGGCAAAAGGAGAGGGAGUUGAAGUUGAGGCUGGAGCAGGCUUGA